CCAGGAGCAUCCCCCAGGAGCAUCCCCCGAGCCCCCUGCACCAUGAAGUUCACCGCUGCCUUCCUGGUGCUCUGCGUAGCUCUGCUCAGCCAGUGCACCACAGCCUUCUUCAUAGGCUCGAAGGUCAAGCCUGAGGUCCCGGCCGUGCCCGUCCUCACCCCUGCCCUGGAGGCUGGAACAGGGGCCCUGAAGACUGGGGCCGGGACCCUGGAGGCUGGGGCCGGGGCCCUGGCUGGGGAACUGCCCGUUCCCUCCCUCAACAGCUUCAGCUCCCUCAUGCUUCUGAAGCUCUUGCUGACCAGUCUGGGCAUCCCGGUGCAUCACCUGGUGGAGGGCUCCAGGAAGUGUGUGACUGAGCUGGGCCCCGAGGCUGUGGGGGCCGUGCAGUCACUGCUGGGAGCCCUGUCGUUCUUGGGCUGAGCAGCGGCUGAGUAUCCCUGCCUGGGAGCAAGAUGCCACCCCCUUCAGGCCGGCAUCCACACCAACCCCGGCCCCGCACCCUUCCCUCCUCUCAAUAAACAGUUAAGAGCA